UUGUGUCUAAGGACUGUUUACAAGUACAGACAGUUAUUCUUUACCCGUGUGGAUGGUGGUGUGCCAUGUUGUCAUUUUAUAACUUUAAGAUGCAGAGAAAAUACGGAUUACAAUAAUUAGUGAUACAAGUUGAAUUUAUAUUUUGUAUAAUUAUGCACUUCUAGAUUCCCCUAUUACUAGUAGUACUAUCGUAUGUAGAGUUUAAAACCCCAUGAUUGUGGUUUCGUAUACCAAAGCAAUGUUGUCUGUUUAAGGAGAUAACUGUUGUAAAAGGGGCUCAGAUGGUAUUUAAGCCAGUUUUUUCCUCUCAUGUAGUUUCAGUUAAUUGAGAUGAAGAUAGGUUAAUUGUGAUCUGUUGGUGAAAUAAUUCUCAAUAUUGUACAAACAAAACGGAUAUAAUUUAAAAGAAUCUAACUGACGAUAAAAUGAAGGAACGAAUAAUCAGCAUGGCUCAUUGUCUUGGAUUAAUAAUAUUAUUGUUUAUAUGUGCGGGGAUAACUUCAGCUAAUUCUUGUCCCCGAUCAUGUCAGUGUCAUCAUAAAACCAUCGACUGUAGUUUCAGGAAUCUAUUCCAUGUACCUAAAGAUAUGGCAAGAGAUGCGGAAAAAAUUGAUCUUCAGGGAAAUAAUAUCACUAUCAUAAGAAGGGCAGAUUUUCAAGGAAUGAAGCAACUGCGAAUCUUGCAACUAUUGGAUAAUCAGAUUUAUACUAUAGAGAAAGGAGCAUUCGUAGAUGUGAUAUCUAUGAUGAGAUUACGAUUGGAUAGAAAUAAUUUAGUGUCUUUACCAGAUUUAUUAUUUUCAUCCAUGACAGAUCUAGUCAGAUUGGAUUUAAGUUAUAACAAAAUACAAUUUAUUGGAAAGAAAACCCUGAAAAGCUCAACAAAGUUGAAGAAUCUACAAUUAGAUCAUAAUGAAAUUACCUGUGUAUCUGAUCAAGCUAUUCGGGGACUACAUGAUAUGGAAAUUCUAACACUCAGUAACAACAAUAUAACUACACUACCAAAAGAUGUCUUUUCUUCCAUGUCCAAAUUACGAGUUCUGCGUAUAAGUGAGAAUAAGUUAGUAUGUGAUUGUCAUCUGGCCUGGUUAGCCCGUUGGUUACGUAAUCAACCAACAUUAGCUUUAUUUACAGAGUGUGCUAAUCCACAACAUCUGAAAAAUAAGGAAUUAGCUGAAUUACAAGAAAGUGAUUUUAAAUGUAUAGUACCAGAUUUCUUUUCUGAACUUGAGAAUGAUCUACUUUACUGGCGUCUUACUGUAAAUUCAGAUGGCUUGUCAGAUGGAGUUCGAGACGACCACCAUAAUCAGCACUGUAUUGUUGACAAUUUAUGUCCUCAUAAAUGUACAUGUACAGAAGGGGUCAUUGAUUGUCGUAAUAAAGGCUUGUCUCAGAUACCUGAUAAUAUUCCUGAAACAGCCACAGAAAUUCGAAUGGAGCAGAAUCAUAUCACAGAGAUACCAUCCAGGGUAUUUGAAGAUAUGAAGAAACUCAGAAGAAUAGAUUUUAGCAAUAACCAGAUAGCUUAUUUAGCGCCAGAUGCCUUUGCUGGAUUACAUUCUCUUAGUUCACUUGUAUUAUAUGGUAAUAAAAUAGUGGAUCUACCACCUGGUGUAUUUAGUGGAUUACGUAAAUUACAAUUAUUAUUGUUGAAUGCUAACAAGAUAACAUGUGUAAGAGAAGACGCUUUUAAAGAUUUACACAGUUUAAAUUUAUUAUCUUUAUAUGAUAAUAAAAUCCAAUCAUUAGCUAAUGGUUCAUUUACACCAUUGAAAAACAUUCAAACAUUGCACUUGGCAAGGAAUCCAUUUAUAUGUGAUUGUAACUUAUUCUGGAUGGCCAAAUAUCUACAGAUAAAUCCUAUUGAAACUAGUGGUGCACGAUGUGAAUCUCCAAGACGUAUGAGUCGUAAAAAAAUAGCAUCUAUAAAACCAAACAAAUUUAAGUGCAAAGGAGCUGAAGUACAUCGUACAGCUAAUGCUGGUAAUUGUAUGAUAGAUCGAGAGUGUCCACAACAAUGUACAUGUAUAGGUACAACAGUUGAUUGUUCAGGACGUGGUCUAAAAACACUACCCCAGUUCUUACCCAUGUACACUACAGAGCUGAAACUAGGAGACAAUGAAAUAACAAGAGUAAAAGCAGAAGGGUUGUUUAGUAAGCUCAGUAAUCUACAAGUAUUAGAAUUAAAUGACAAUAAGAUAGAAAUAAUAGAAGAAGGUACAUUUGCUGGAGCCAGUCAACUAACGGAUUUACAAUUAACCAAUAACCGUUUAACACAGUUAUCUGGGAAAAUAUUUGCUGGUUUAGAAAAUGUGAAAACUCUAAUGUUACGAGGUAAUAAAAUUACGUGUAUCAAUAACUCUACAUUUACAGAAACACCCAGAUUAAGAUUAUUGUCUAUCUAUGAUAAUCAAAUCAGGUGUAUUAUGAAAGGAUCAUUUGAUAGAUUGUACUACCUCUCAACUUUAAAUCUAAUGGCCAACCCUUUCAACUGUAAUUGUCAUUUGGGAUGGUUAUCUAAAUGGUUAAAACAACGUAAUGUUAUAACAGGAACACCAACGUGUUUCGCUCCACACAUACAUAAAAAUACACCUAUACAAGAUCUAAAAGAAAAAGACUUUGUUUGUGAAGAAAACAAUGAUGUGGGAUGUAAUGUUGGUAUACCUGGAUGCUGUCAUGAUAGUAAUAUGAUUACAGAAGAGAAUAGUUGUGAUCCUAGAGCUUAUUGUCCUCCUAAAUGUUCAUGUAAAGGUACUGUUGUUAGAUGUAGUCGUCAAGAACUGACUGAAAUACCUAAAUACAUUCCACUUGAUACAACAGAAUUAUAUUUGGAUGUGAACUCGAUAAUUCGUAUACCAAAUGAAAUUGGUUUAUUAACAAAAUUAAACAGAUUGGAUUUGAGUCAUAAUAAAUUGAUUACAUUACAAGAAUCUGUAUUUAGCAAUUUAACAAACUUAGAAACAUUAAUUUUAAGUUACAACAAAUUGCAGUGCAUAGCCGCUUCAAGUUUUAAAUCAUUAGAAAAACUUCGAAUUUUGUCAUUACAUGGAAACAAUAUAUCCAGCAUUCCUUAUGGAUCAUUUAAAGACCUCACAGCUCUACGACACAUUGCUCUAGGUGGAAAUCCUAUGUAUUGUGACUGUAAUUUAAAAUGGCUGUCAGAUUGGAUAAAGGCAGAUUUUAUUGAACCUGGUAUAGCGCUGUGUAUUGGACCUCCACAAAUGACACAUAAAUUAUUAUUAACCACACCAUCCAAAUAUUUUGAAUGUUUAGGAACAUUGGAUCCAAUGAUUGCAGAGAAAUGUAAUGUGUGUAUGACAAAUCCAUGUACUAAUGGAGGUACGUGUCAUACUGUAGAAUUUAAAAACUUUACAUGUGAAUGUACCACAGCGUUUCAUGGUGAAAGAUGUGAAAGACAGAUAGAUGCUUGUUUUGGUAAUCCUUGUAAUAAUGGUGGUAAUUGUGAGGUUUUAGAACAUGGUAGAUUCAGAUGCAGUUGUUUAGAUGGUUUUAAAGGUGAAAGAUGUGAAACUAAUAUAGAUGAUUGUGUUAAUAAUAAGUGUCAAAAUAAUGCCACCUGUGUUGAUGAGAUUAUGUCUUAUUCUUGUCGAUGUGCUCCAGCUUUUACGGGUAAAAGAUGUGAGAAUAAGAUACCAUUUUGUAAAGCUGGUUUUAAUUAUUGUCUCAAUGGUGCUACAUGUGUUAGUAUGAACACAGAUUACAGAUGUGAAUGUAUAACAGGUUAUACAGGAAAGAAUUGUUCUUCUAACAUAGACGACUGUUUUGAUGGUAAAAAAUGUGAAAAGAUGGCAAGCGUUUCCUUUAAGGAAAAGGACUCAUAUAUUCAAUUACCAAAUGUAGAUUUUAAGAGAGGUGUAAAUAUUACUAUUGUGUUUAAAACGGAUUCUUCAACUGGUGUGUUGUUAUAUUCUGGUCAGGAUCAACAUGUUGCUGUGGAACUAUUUCGAGGUCGAGUACGAGUUAGUUUUGAUGUGGGCAAUUAUCCAGUAUCUACCAUGUUUAGUUAUAAACGUGUAGAUGAUGGUAAACUUCAUUCUUUAGAAAUGCUGAUCAAACAGAAGAACUUCACCAUGAAAAUAGAUUAUGAUGGUUUCCCUAGAACUGUUGUUAAUCAAGGUCCACAAGAUUAUCUAGAAGUGGAAGAUGAUCUGUUUCUUGGUGGAUUACCAGCAGAUGUCAAUACAAGAGCAUUUAAAAAGUGGCAUAUCAGAGAAGGUGUUAGUUUUAAAGGUUGUUUUAGUCAGGUGUUUAUAAACAGAAAACAACAAGAUUUGUUGUCAGCAACUGAUAGUCAUAAAGUAUCACCAGGUUGUCAGUUUGAUCCUUGUCAAGAUCAUAAGUGUGAAAAUGGCCGUUGUAAACCGCGUAAAAAUAAACCAGGCUAUAGAUGCAAGUGUAAAAGAGGUUAUUCUGGAACAUUUUGCAACAUACGUAAGUUUGCGGGGUUCCUUCAAGGCCAAGACAAACCACCAACAUGUAGAGAAAUUGUUUUCCGAGAUACCUACUCGGAUCCAAAAACAAAAUGUACAUCAAGAGCCAGAAUAAAGUAUCGACGAUGUGAGGGUACUUGUGGUAAAAUGUGCUGUAAACCAAAAAAGAUCAAAACACGCAAAGUUCGCCUUUUCUGUCAAGAUGGAACUAAUUACAUUUAUGAACUUCCAGUUAUUCGUAAAUGUGGCUGUUCAAAGUGUUAAAUGUAACCUGAUCUUGUAGAUCAAUUAAUUUGUAUUUCCUGACCACAGUUCAUUUAUCAUAUAAAUUAGGAUGGAAUUUCCUAUUAAGUCAAUUGAAGUAGAUAACAAUACAAACUCAAAAUCCUAAUGGUACCUAAUUAAAUUGACCAGAAAUCUAGUGAUAAAGCACAAACUAAGCCAAAUGGACUGGUUUAAAGGACAUAUAUGAUGGAAUGUUGUACAUGAACAAUCAGUUGUAAAUGGUGAUAGUCUGGGCUGUUCAGAACUAGUGGUUGUGAAGGUUUUGUGAUGAGAGGAUAUAUUUUGUACAAAGUAAAUAUAGAGUUUUGUGUUCAUAAUGAAUCUCUGAGGAUCAAGUACUUAAAACAGGUACCUAAGGAUGGCCACAGAAUUUGUCAGAUAAUAAAGGAUGACAAAUAGACACAUAUAAUUUGCAACUGUUCAUUAUUGUUAAUGUAAUAUAUUUCACCUAUUGUUAGUUGAUGUAUAUAAAAUAAUAUGGUGACAGAAGUGUAAAUAUUAUAAAAUUGAUAAUUAUAUUGCAUUUACUUGUAGCCUAUUGAUUGAUUUUUUUUUUAUAAACUGUUAGUUUGCCAGACCCUUGAAAAACAUGUAUGGUAAUUCAUAUUUGAUGUGUUAUGUCCUUAUAAUAUUUAUCUUACGUUCAUGUACAUUGUUUUAUAUUUAAAUAUCAGAGGUAAUAUUUUCUUAACAAAGUCUAUAGAAAUACCUCAAAAUCAUGACAUAGAAGAACCCAAUGGCAAAUAUAAUAAUAUAGAUUGUAGAUUUUUUUUUUCUAAGAUAAAAAGGGGCUCAACUCUCAUUAACCAAAAGUGUUCAUUUUUUUCCCCAAUGUAAUGUGUAUACCUUAAGAGAGCCAUUGAAAUGUGUUCUUUGAUAUUUUUUAUGUCAUACAUUUCUGAUAAGUUUAAUAAAGGUAAUAUUUUAGCCAUUGCAUAUAUAACAUAUGGCCUUGUCAAAAGAUUACAUUUUUGCUAAUAGUUGCAUUUUUCUAUGCUCACAUGUGUAUUGUAUCAUCGUUACUACUGUCUAUUAGUCAGUCCAUACUUCUUGUGUGAUCAUUUACAUUUUCUACAGAAACUUGGUACUGUAUUUAGUCUGGCAUUCAUAGUUUGGAUGAGUUUGAUUUGAACAAUGUUUGUCAAUUAUGCAUGGAGUUUUCACCCUCAACAUAAAUUGUGAUUUUAAUGACACUCCAAAAAUCCAAGAGAUCGCAUUUCAUCAGUUAUUCCCAGAGUUAUAGCCAGUGUCAGAAAUAGCUUGUGAGCACUUUUACUCACAGUUCACUCUCCUUAUAUACCAUGUUCAGAUAUUUACUCUCUUAAAAGCUAGCACUCCAUAUGAGUAUGUUUAAUAAAAACCAUGAUGAAAUGCUCCUCUCAUAAAGGUUCAAAUGUAAAACUCUUAUAGUUGUGUCUAUAAAAUGUAAUGAAUGAUAUCCGAAAAGUCUGGUAAAAAAAUAUGAGAUAAACCUAUAUUAUGUUUAGCCUUUUGUAGGUUUCGAAGCAAAUGUUCAUGCAUAAGGUGACAAAAAAUAGUCCAAAUCAACUUAGGCUAGUCAAUUCAGUAUUUAGCUUAGUGGUUGUUCAGAAGCUAUGUAUACAAUGAUUUAGUUUUUUAAUUUAAAUUAGAAUUUUUAGAUGAUUAGAUUUUAAUUAUAUCAUAUUCGUUUUUACUUGAUUUUCUUCUGUUAAGGUUAUUAAAAAUGUCAUAUUGUACUAAAAUCUUAUGAAUAUUUAGGUACUGAAAUUAUUUUCAUAUUUCAUUUUUAAAUUAUAAUUUAAAUCACAGGUAAUAGUAAAUUUUGAGGGACAAUCUGACUUUUACAACAACUUGUUAAAUAAAUUAUCAUAUAAAAGAUAUUUAGACUGUAAAUUUAAAGCCAUUGUUUUGAGCGGCUGUCAAGUUAAAUGUGGUUUUACAAAGAAUCUUAUUCAUGAAAUAAGAUGAUGGUCUAAAAUUUAAUGAAAAGUCAGACAUGUAUGUUAAAUAUGGUUCAUAUUUUUCACGAGAAUACAAUAGUGGACUGUCGUUAUAUAUUUUGUUUUAAUUAAAACAAUUGGUAUUAAAUGCAUUUUCUAAUUUGAAGUAAAUCUUGUGAUGAUACUUUAAAUGUUUUUGAUGUUGAUAUAUAUUGUUGUUAUCCAGACCGUUGUCCUUUCAUAUUUUCAUGUGAACAAGUUUUAGAGAAAAGUUAAAUGAUGAAAUCUUUUUCAAACUGUCAUAAAAUCGAAACAUCAGCACAUAUCUGCAAUUAUUUACAGACUUAUUGCCCUUGAAAACAUUCUGAUCAAAUAUGACAUACAGUCAGAUGAACCCUGAAAAAAAAACGCUGCAGUUCUAGUAAAAUUUAUAAAAUAAGUUUACUAUUGGCUUGGUACUUCAUAUGAUAAAGGAUGUAAAUGUAUUAUAGAUAUGAUUAUGGUUGAAUUUGCAUGAAAAUCAAUGCAUUAUCAUGGUUAUUGCCCUUGCAUAUUAAUAUUUUAAGGAUGAACACUAUAUAUGUAUUACUCAUUACUGUCUGUUCCAGGUGACACUACGACAAGAAAAUUGCUUGUCAUUUCUUCAAUAUUGAAUUAAAACGGCUGACAUUUAGUGACAUACCUGGAAUUGCCAUCACCCCAUUAAUUAUUCUAGGGGUUAUAUUUUCUAAGAUUCGCUUUUUUGUCUUUUCUAACUUAAUAUCUGAAACAUUUUACGUGCCUAAACCUCAAAAAUAAACUAUUCAUUACCGUUAUGCGAAACUGUUGUCCAAUAAAUGUUCUGUGGGGUACCUUUUGAUAGCAAUACAAUACUAUGAAUGCCUAUGAUGCAAUGAACUUUGAGGGAUAUUAAAAUAUCGGCAUUUAUUUUGCAAAAAAAAAGGGGUUUAGAAAUAGCUCAGUAAAUUAUAGAAAACUAUAACUGCGAUAGAGUCAUGACGGGUUUCACCAGUGCCAGUUAUCCUUUAACACUGACGCCAAUUUAAUAUAUUCCCAUAUGAGCAUGACACACCUGUUAAAAAUUUAAGCGAAAUGGUCAUGUAUGAAAGCAUGUUGACGCGUAGAACCUUUACAAAGUGACCAAUGGUUAAUGUAAGAAAUAAUUUUGUGAUAAGUGCUUGAUCGUGCAUCUGCACAAUAUUACUUAAAGGAAAUUAGUAAACAUUAUUAUUAAAUGUUUGCUUUAAGGUGGGUAUGUUUUUCAAAAUCACUAUAGAUGUGUUGAGCAAAACAACGUAAAAAGGUGCUUUUGUACAAUUGCAUCAAGUUAUAAACUAUAUUUUGAUAUCUAUAUAUUCGCAUUGAUUUGUGCUUUUCGAUGAGUGGAAUUAAAGAUUUAAAAUUUAAAUAUAAAAAAACGGGUACAUUUGAAACAAAAGUUUGUUUAAUAAAGGUUAAAAGUACAAGUUUUGCCAAAAUGACGUCAUUUCUAAUGACAAGAAUGUUACAAUAAUGAACAGUCGCAGUAGGCAUCAAAUGGUGCAAAUGUCAUGAAAAUAGAACAAUAUUUUAUUCUUUUGAAAAGUGACUCCCACAAAAUUACCUAUUUCUCGGAAAUGGCAAAAAUUCAAAACUACGUGUAUAUAAAUGUUUCGAAUACAAAUAUUAAAGUUAAAUAACAUUUGCGGGAAAACAGUACAAAAAUCGGUUCAUGUCUUGCUCUUCUUAUUUACGAGGGCUAUCCAGGUAUAUCGGCCAAAUUGAGAUAAAGAAAUAUUUUGUAUGAAUAAUAAUUAUAGCUAGUACCAUUUACAAGAGAAAUUUACAUGAGAAUAGUGGAUUUUAUCAAACCUCUAGGCGUUAAGGCUUGACGAAGAGAGCAACGGUGUGAUACUUUCAGGUAUGUCACCAGGUUUUGGCAGUUUAAAUUAAAAACUUAAGACAUGGCGAGGAAUUUUAGAGAGUCAGAAUAUCUCCUGAAACAGACAGUAGGUUAUUUCAUAGUUAUCAACCAUAUUCCAACUUGUCACAUGGAACAAUUGUUUAAUAAAAUGGGUUGUUCAUUUGAUGCUAAGCAAUCAAUUUGUGGCUCAAUGAUAAUUGAAUCCAUUGCUAAACUUCAGGCGAUUGAUUCUAUCCGACUGCUCAUGAGAUUUGCUGGCAAUGGGGUGUAUGUUCUGUUAGAGUUCAGUACUCAUUUUUUUUUAUCAUAGUGGUGUUAGAACUGUCGGCAUUGAUUAUGGGAAAUUUAACGCACACAAGGUACAAUUUGCCGUAGUAUUUAACCAUUGUGUCUUUAUCAUUGCAUUGUAGGUAUUCAUGAUUUAUUAAUAAGUUAAAUAAUAAGUGUUAUUUAUUGUUCUACCUCAGCAUAUCAAUGAGCACACAAGUCAAAGCCACACAGUUAGAUAUGGGCCACAGUGGCACCUGGUGUCACUAAAGGGUUAAAGUCAACAUAGUCAAGGUGCUGAUUGAUUAAUCUCUUUUUAUCAGUGCUCAUUGGAUUUGAAUUAUUAAUUCAUGUAUGUGUUUACCAUGUAGGUUUAAUUCAAUAUUUUGUAGACUUAGAUUGGUUCAUUUUUUCAGUCAUCUUGUAAAAUGGCACAACAGUUAUUUUUUAAAUGGAGAUAUGCAGUUUAAACCUGGGGGUAUUGGUAUUCUAUUCUCAAUACCAAUAUUGUAUAGUCUUAUUAUUACAAUCUUAUCAGUAAAUUUUAAAUCGUGUCUAACUAAAAAUAUUAUUUUGUAACUAACUAAAACAAAUUAAAUGUGUAUAGAUACCCCCCUAAA